UUUCCCAUGUAUCACAGCCAUUUUGGAUCUUUAUCAUUUGUUCGACACUAUCUUCAAAUUGAACACAGACAAAAUGGCAUCAGAGAUCACGUUGUUUGAAGAUGCGAAUAAAGAAUUUUUAACAUGCUCCAUCUGUAAGGACAUUUUCAAACACCCGAAACAGCUGAAAUGCAUGCAUAACUUCUGCCAAGAUUGCCUAGAACCUUUAAUGAAUGAAGCAACUUCACGCAAGAUAAAGUGCCCCCUCUGCCGUGAAGAAGUUGAGCUGACGGGCGACACCGUUGCUAAACUAGAAGACAAUCUUUUCCUCAGUAAUUUGUGUGAGUUAUUUCUAGUGGCUAAUCUCAAUACCAUGGACGUGCUCUGCUCAUUUUGUUCAGAAGUAUUAACUGAAGGAAAUUCGUCACGUUGCAUCGAUUGUUCCGACAACCUCUGCGAUAAAUGUGCAAAGGCACACACCCUGACCCGUGUGACAAGAAAUCAUCAAGUCAUCUUGAUGUCUGAGCUUAAAACGGACACACUGGUGAGAAAAUCGAGAGAAGGAAACGCCAAGAUACCAUGCCAGAAACACUCAAAUAACCAUUUGGAGUACUUCUGCCAAACAUGUCAAGUACCCGUAUGCCUCGGAUGUACAGUUGUAGAUCACAAUCAACGUGAUCAUUGUCUCAUAAAUCUACAAGAUGGUCCGACCAAAGAAAAAUUCAAGGAGGAGAUAACUGAGCAACUUAACAAGCUGGAAGAAAUCAUACCAUCCUUUGAAAAGAAUAUUGAUAUUGCAAAUAAAACGGAGAAAUGUCUUAUCAAAAGUCUUGAAAAAACAAAAAAUGAUAUACGGGAUACUGCAAAGAGUCUUAUUGAUGAAAUCGAAGCUCACGCAAAGUCUUUGAUUGAGAAGGUCGAUAAAAAAGCUGAAGCUAUUCAGAAGUUAGUUGAACAUCACAGAGAAUCUGCUGAAAUCCGGGUCAAGAGUUCUACCAAGAUCAACCAGUUUGCUAGAAACCUGUGUAAGCAUGGCCUAAAUGCUGAGAUAAUGUCAUCGGCUAAAGAUCUGUUGAGAAGAAUAAAAGAACUGCAAGAGGAUAUGAAAGAUCUAGAAGGAACUGGUGAACUAUGUUUCGUCAGACAAGAUGAAUUCAAGUUAGGAGUAGUGAAGGAGUGCAAGAUCAUAGAACGGGAUGAGUACAGCCCAAUAGAAUAUUACACUGCAAAGGAGAUGGCGGUAGGCGAUCAGAUUAAAAGAGGUCCGAAUUGGCCGUCAGGGUUUGACACUUACGACAAUAAUGGACGGCAAUGUAAUAGUAUCCAGUCAAUUCAACGAAAUGCUCCGAAUGAUAUUGUUGUUACUGUUAGCUGUCGGCCAAACCCUUCUUAUGGAGGCGGAGCGUUCAAUGGGCCACCGUUGGUACGUUACUGUUAG